AUGAACCGAGCUUCACUACAAAAAGCUAUCGGGUGUCUUUUAGAUACAAAAGAAAGUUUUGGUAAGCGCGACUUUGUGAUAUUAUGCACUGCAAUUUUUGGGGAGGAACCAUCUGAAGAGGAAAUUGAAUCAUUCUUCAAGAAACUCAACAAGGACUGCUUGAAUUUUCAAGACGUAGAGAAGUUCUGCAAUCACAAAGCUCAUUAUAUGAAAGAUACCGAAAUGCUCAUUUUGGAAAUUUUCCGAGCUGUCGACAAGGACGCGAAAUGCUAUAUUACUGGUGAUGACAUCGUAAAUGCCUGGAAAGACAGCAAAAUAAGGUUCAACAAAGAGCUGGUGAUCGAAUGCUUCAAUCUUGUAGCUUGCGAGGAGAAUAUUAUUGAUUAUUUUACAUUUAGGGAUCUAUACUUGUCAGUCAACAGGGCUGUAUAA